AUGUGGUCCGCCCUCGUCGAAGUCAUGUUUGGAACUACACGAGACUCCAUAACCCAGAAGUAAAAUCGUAUAAUGGAUCCUUAUGGCAAUGUCGUAACCCUCUUUCUAAGGCCCUGGCUGCUGGGCAAGGAAGGCGUCAUUCAGCAUAAAGUGACGUCAAGGACAGUCAAAACCCAUCUGAGCUGUUUGGACUGAAAAGCAUGUUGCGCAUAUCAGUAAGAAAGAUCUUCGUUUAGGACAUACCUAUGCUUUGGGACCAAGUUAAAAUGGUGUGACAACUAUUCCAGGUAAUCUAUUCAGAGAACUGGAGAUAAACGUUUGGAGAAAAUGGAGCACACCCCUCAGCUAUCUGAAUAUGGUGAUGGUGAGGAUCUACAGCAGGAAGAAGAUACCAUUUGUCAAGACAAAUGUAUGGAACCUGACACGCCUGACAAUUACAGUCAUCUUGAUAGCGAUGUUAGCAGCGGCUCAGAGUCUUUCGCCUGUCAGCACUGUGAGAGGUGUUUUACCAGCCACCAGGCCUUGGAAGAACACAUCCAUAGCCACUCUUUGAUGGUGAUUGUGCCAGAAACAUUCACAAGCAAGAAGGGGAAAAUAGCUCCUGGUUUGGAUUUUGAUCAGCUGCAGUGUGACAGUAUCGAGCCUACAGUUUCAUUAAGGUCAGAUGUACAUCAUGAAAACAUGAAUGCUCCUGCAUGUAGCACAGUGCCACCUGAUGACCAGGUGUAUGAGCACCAUCCUUGCAGUUGCUGUGAAAAGAUAUUCACUACAAAUGCCAACAAGCAGCAGCAUGAGAGUACAGUCCACAAGAAGCGUCUGCAAAUUCCUCGUGUGGAACAAAGUGACGUACCCCAGAAGGAACACCUUAAGCAGAUUAUUAUUGCGGCGUCAAAUCAUAGAUCUGAGAUUGAAACAGAAGUUGUGGGGAAUGAAGUUGAAAGUACUGGAAACUACAUGCUCGAUGUAUCCAGCAGUUUCUCUGAGAAUCUCAGCUUCUACUUGAAUGGAAAAAUUGUGUCAACAAGCACAGUGAGUGGCUACGAAGCAGCUGAAGUUCAUGCUGCUUGUUCAACAUUGAUUGGACUGGAUACCCUGAUUCUGGAUCCGACCCAUUUGAACAUGGGAUUAACCAUUGAUUCCAUUCUGAGCAACCAAGAACUGUUGGGUCAAGCCCUUGCCAAGAGAAGAAUAGCAGUACCUCCUCUUUUACCCCAAAUUCAAACAGAACUGGAAUCUGAGGUGGUGGUGUCAUCCUCUUCCUCAGAAAUCGUAGCUUCGUUAAUAGAAAAUAUACUCCCUAAGAAUACAGGAUCCUCACUUGUCGCAUCAAACUCAACCGAUGUGUUUCUGUCCCCUAAAUUGGAUCAGAUACAAGAGACGCAGGACACACUGCUUACAGAUGGCCAAACAGAUUGCUCCUCUGUAUCUACUGCAACAGGAAGAUUCAAAAGAAGAACUGGAUCCCCACAAAGUUCUCACCACAUCACCGCAUCUGAUGAGGAAACGGCAAUGGCAGAAACAGAUGGUGAUGCUGCUACUUUACGGUACAUGGACACCCAGUAUAGCUCCAUUCUGCACCAGCUUGCCAUUGAAAAAGGAAAUGGAAUCAGAAGGAUUCAGGAAACUCAGGCAGCUCCUGUUUCAACAGAGAGCUGGCCUCCUGUAACUGCUGACAAAAGCUGUAGUCAGCAACCACUGGAUCUGUCCAAUACAAUUACACGAAAUGAAGUUGAUUCAUCAUAUGAUGCUGCGCUGGAUUUAAGUUUGCAAAAGAGGAACCUUGAGGAAUCCCAGCUGACAUCAAAUUUACUUUUGCCCUCAGAAGAUAAUUCAAAUGUGUGCAUGCAGGAGACGGCAGUCCUGAGUGUUGAAGAGCAAAAUAUUAGUCUCGCAAACCAUGAGACACCUUUUGUUUCAGACCUCACCAUUGUUACUAGUCCAAAUAUGGUGGACACUGUCACAGAGGGAGUUGUUUAUGGACUUUCUCUUCCCUCCUGCCCUCAAAAAUUUUCACCUGCCACCCACACACCUCUUGGUUUCCCACCAGCUUCACCAUGCACGAUAACAUUUGCUCCACCAACUACAAACGCAGUACUACCAAAUACGCCAUCAUUAAUCACGGUUCUUGCCCCACCUCUAUCUAUCCCUAGCCCCUCAAGCCAACCAAUCCAAGUGUUGGCUCCAAAUAUAUCCCCUGAGCCACUGUUACUUUGCGCAGAGAAUGCCAUUGAUUCUUCACAAUGUGAUAUAACCCCUGCAUUUGCAGCUACAAAUGCAGCAAACAUUGUCACACUAGCACAUCCACUCGAUCCCUUGUUGAAUCUACCUGGCCACAUGUUUCUUACGGAUCACAUUUCCCUUAACCCGCCAGUAAAUGAAGACCAUAACAUGCCUGAGAUACCAUUCACAACCACUGCUGCAUUAAACGAACCCCUCAUCAACUCGUGCAACAUCACAAGUAACACAGUGCUGAUAGAAUGCACAAUUUCCCUUGACUCUCCAGGGAACAUCCCCGCUGCUGUAACAAUGCACGACAAUACAGAGCCACCACUAUCCACGCAGAUGCUUGUCAAUCACAUAGAGCAGCAACAGAUUGUCUCAUUACCCAAUACCGCGACUGUGGACCCCACCCAUCUCAUGUCCUCUAUUGAAGAGUCUGUUACAUUGUCUUCAAGCACAUCAGUAAUGACAGAUAGACCUGCCAAGAAUGACGAGCCAGAACAAGGCCUCGAAGAAGAUAAUUUGUCGUCAAGCAUCUCAGUGAUGAAAGAUUGUCCCACUAAGGCUGAAGAAUCAGAACAAGGCCUCAAAAAAGAUACUUUAUCAUCAAGCACCUCACAGAUGAUAGAUUGUCCUGCCAAGACUGAAGAACCAAAGCAGAGCCUCGAAGACAAGUCUGCAAAUGCAGAUGAGAAGAAACCUGCUGACAGUACUGAUUCAGCAGGAGAAAUCACUUCUGACAACUCAAACCCUGUUGAGAAGGCUGAAGAAACAAAACCGCAAAACAUUGCGCCAACUGACACCGAGCAACAGACCUUCGCCAAGAACUUUAUCUGCAAUGUCUGCAACGUGCUGUUCCACUCAAUGAAAGAACUCGGCCAUCAUGUCAGCGACCAUGCUGAAGAAUGGCCCUACAAAUGUGAGUUCUGCGUUCUGCUCUUUGACAAGCCCACUGCUUUGCUUGACCAUCGAUCAAGCCUACAUGGUGUCGACAAGACUUACAUGUGCAGCGCUUGCCCCAAAGACUUUGUCUACCUUUGCAAUCUGAAACAGCAUCAGGAGGAGUUCCAUCCUGCACAGCAAUGUACAUUUACUGAAGAAGAAAAGGGAAAAAUCAGACAUCAGAAUUACAACCAUUCUACAAAAGUCGACAGAGAGCCUUCAUUGCCUGAUGUCUCUGAAAAACAGGUAAAAAAAGAAGACAGUGAAGUGGAUGUGGCUGCUGAAGAAUUGUUUACAACCAUUAAAAUCAUGGCCUCAGAUGGAGGCAAACUCAAAGUUCCUGACGUACGUCUUGGCAUUAACCAGCACUACCCCAGCUUCAAGCCUCCGCCCUUUCCAUACCAUAACAGAUCACCCGCUGGAUCGCUGGCCUCAGCCACAAAUUUCACUACCCAUAACAUUCCACAAACUUUCAGUACGGCCAUUCGGUGCACCAAGUGUGGAAAGAGCUUUGAUAACAUGCCAGAACUACACAAGCACAUCCUUGCUUGUGCCAGUGCCAGUGAUAAGAGGCGGUACACGCCCAAGAAGAAUCCCAUCCCACUACGCCACUUUGCAAAAAAACAAAACGGAGUCCUGUCUCUUACCAAUUCAGAAAAUGAAUCGAAUGCCUCAAAUAGAGCAAGCCAAUCCAAUGGAUCUACAACAGAGUCAUCUUCUGUCAAGAUUCAGUUGAAAUUACUGAACAAAAGGAAACGAAAACUGGGCCAAAGGGUCAUGCCGCAGAGGAACAAGUCCUUGUCAAAUAAAAUAUCCCCUUCACAUGUGCAGGAGGAGUUAUUUGUUUGCCCUCACUGCAGCAGGGAGUUCACAAUGCAACGCAGCCGAACCAAACACAUGGCAGUCUGUCCCAAAAAACCUAGAGAAGUGAGGACAAGGAAAUCGGAAGAGAUCUCUGUGACAAAGGAAAACAAUGGACAAAUUCAUAGUGGGCUCCCCCACAUUAACGAGCAACGAAUCUCAGCACAACCUAGGACAAGACUCCAGACAUCAACGCCAGUUAAAAGGCCCAACUCACCACCUUUACUAAAAAGUAUUUCUAGUAAGAGGCCUAAGCUAGAAGAUGCCAAAAUGGACAUUUCCACUUUAAACGAACUCCAUGUAGUUCGUUCUUUCAACCGCCCUCUUCGCCAGUACACACGGCUGCAUCAUGGCAUUAAACAAAUUCCGUCGACACAACAAAACGAGACGCAUGCACCGAGCCGAGAGGAAACCACUGCCAGUGGAAGCUCUUGAGCAGAGUGCUCUAGCGUGAAGACCUUCUUGCAUACCAUUCAGGAUGAUAAACACCCUUGACACCUCUUCAGCCAUCAAAGACAAAAUUCAUUAUACAACAACGAAAUGAAGGAAUUGAGGACAAAACUUGGUUGAACACAACUGAACUACUUCUGCAAGUAUGCAGUAUCAAAGUUUGGAGGUUGGUACAGUCCUCUAUUUCAUCAACUUUCCGUCAACAGCCAGGAUUUGCACUUUGAAGUUAAUCUGACAGCGACGUGUUGUCGAGGAAAUGGGAAGCGUUGAAGCUGAAAGGCUUCUCUCAUUUCUCGCUUGGCGAGCUACUCUGCAAGGAUGGCAGGCGGCAAUCACUGUCAGCAUGGAUUUGCACUACUUUCUCCUUAUCGGUAAUAUGUUGCCUUUUGGGUUUAAAUUCUCUACAGCAUGUCCUUUGCUUGUUUUACGGUUGCGUGGUAUUAAAUAGGCAAUUAGGCCUUAAACAAUGAUUAUGACUUGCCAUUAACCUUAAAACUUUUGGCAGAUCCUUGAACAGCAGCCAAAAGUAUUACCUAAAGCUUCAUUUCAAAGUUGUUCAGGAUACAAGUACUGGUGUCAGAAAUAGAAGUGAUUAUUGGGAAUGUAUUGCUCAACAGGGUUGACUUGCCAUAGAAAAUCUUGAGUGAAUUAAUUUGCUCUACUUUCUGUGUAUUCAUUUGAUGGUUUCAAGAACUUCUCUCAUACCAUCUACUAAAUAUACCUGCGGUAUACAAGCGGAAUGAAAUGAAAGGAAUGUUUCUUCAGUUUUCUGUAGUGCUAAAAACUACUUAAAAAACCCAGUGAUGUUCAUCUCUUACAAUAUGAUAAACUCAUGAAGGUAGGUCAUGGUCAUUUUCAAAAGCAGCACUCAGAUGCAAUCAUAUCAUAUACUAGUAAUACUGUAUAUGUUUGGGUUUAUUUUUUUGUAAGUAUCAACUGUAGACUACAAGCACUUCAUCUUGGCUUGCUCUCUGUGUAACAUUUAAUUGUUCAUUAUGUACAUUGUUAUAAUGUGAAUUCUAAAAUACCAAUGUCCACUUGGUUAAUUCUGAAAAUUACUGUAAACAGUUGCAACUAAUCUCAUUUGCAGAAAGAGCUUCAUAAGCUAUUAGUUUAAACAGGGUACUUAUGUAAUGAUGUUAUAUCUAUCAAAUACAUAUUUAAUUUGCGGGAACUAAGAUGUGUGAGCGAGUAACGCCUUUUUUUCAGGGGGACAGAAGUACAUAUAUACUUAUUGCCUCUGCAAUUCUUGUACCUCCCACAUAUAAUGUUGGGUGUACAGAGUGGUCGUGGGACUGCUAUCAGACUGUGAACGUUUGUGUAGCAUUUCAAAAUGUAAAUGAAGUCCUGUAUAUUUAUUAUUAAUUUAAAAGAAUACAUGAUUCUGAAGAUGUUUGAUUUGCACUUUUUCCCCUAAGCUUGUGGUCAAAAUAAAUAUCAAAUGUUAUUGUAAAGUA